UUUGUUUUUUUCCUACAAAUUUUAUUUUAUCGUAGCUUUUAAAAUGAUAUGUUAAGAUUCUUUGAAUAUGUUUUGUACGUAUUUGAAACAAUAUGUUAACAAAGAUUCUAACUGUUAACUUGACGUUUACGUUAAGACUGUCCCGGAAAGUGGUUAAUAUAUUUGAAGAUGGAGUCGUCAACGUUACAGGGCACAAUUAGUGUUAGCGUGAAGACUGAGCCCUGUGAGGAUGUGUGUAUUCCAGAUGAGCCCACGUUUGAAGGAGUGUAUGUGAAAGCAGAGCCUUUAGUGAAUACUGUCUGUGUAAAAGACGAGCCCAGGUGCGAGGGUGUGUGGAUAAAAGCCGAGCCUUCGUGUUCAGAUGUGUGUGUAAAAGACGAAUCGCUCGGCGUGAGCGCGGCGGCGGAGCUGUACACUGACCACGCCGUGAAAGAUGAGACCGAGCUAUCAUCAGGGCAAACUCCAAAUGAACCAACCAAUAAAAGUUAUCAAUGUGCCUACUGUGGGUAUGCAUCAGCUAUAAAGUUAUGCUUAGAUAGGCAUUUGAGGAGGCACACUAAUGAGAAGCCAUACAGAUGUAACCACUGUACCUAUGCUAGCAGCCGAAAAGACGCUUUGGGAGUUCAUGUAAGGAAACACACUGGCGAAAAACCAUACAAGUGUGACCAAUGCAAUUUCGCCACUGCCCACAAAAGUACUUUGCAACUUCAUGCAAGGGUACAUAAGAUGCAUGUAAGGAAUCACACAUGUGAAAAACCUUACAAGUGUGAUCAGUGUAGUUAUGCUAGUGCCCACAAACGUGAUUUACAAAGACAUAAAAUGGUACACACUGGCGACACUGGUAGAUAUAUUUAUAAAUGUGACCAGUGUACUUAUGCUAGCAAACGUAAAAUUAAUGUGCAACUUCAUGCAAGGGUACAUAGGAUUGCUGAAAAUAAGCCGUACAAGAUGUUACAUCUCUAUUUUCAAGGGGGUAAACCCUAAGGUUAUUUACGAAAAAAUGUAAACUUCCAGGAAUAUGUAAUAAAAUGUUUUUUUACGA